CACAUCGGCGACGAUCGCCCGACCCGGGCGCGAUUCGCUCGGCGUAUAUGUUUACUGUUACAGGACGUUCGCCGUGGUUCGCCGCGGUUCGCCGCGCGCUCGGCGACCUGCGUUGUACCUGCAGCCGACCAGUUCACCAGUAUGGCAGUAUCGCGAACCAUCGCGAACGGCGAGGACUUGAUCGCAGGUGCCGCCCGCGCCGCGCCGGUGUAAUCUCCCGUCGAUCUCAUUCACGCGAGAGAACGUGCGUUCGCCGGGAAACGGAAUUGGCGACGCUCUCGCAAGAACAGUCUUGCAGAAUCAUCGGCGAUAGUCUCGUCGAAUAAAUUGUUAGACACAGCUGUCUCGUUAAGUCUAGUCUCACGAAAACAGAACGGAACAGGAGAGACCGAUACUUCGGCGAGAUCGUAUUAUACUUGCACAACAACGUGGUCCCGCUGUGCGUCCCAUUAUUCGCGAGUUAUCGAGGUCUUUGCGUUCGCCGUGGUGAUUACCAGGUACGAUUAUGCGUGUACAGCCUUCGACGAGAGAUAUUCUCAGCAGCCAGACCUCCCUCUAUUAAAGAAAUACAAGAAGAAGCUUUAUGAAUGCUCGAACGCCGUCAGGAGACACGUCCGGUACGGUGACACAUCCGGUACUCAGGAGUUGAACUGUAGCGAGGACUUCGAUCGCAUCUGGAAGGCUGGAAGUAGCGGUGAUUCGUCGGGUGUCAUCCUGAUCACGACACAAAUCGACGCUCGUCGAAAAGAGAACUUUCGGGAGCAAGCGUUACCGGUGCAAUAUAUCAUGCGCACGAAGAACCAUCCCGGAAAACCGAAAGCGACACGAGGUUCUCACCGUUGGCAGUACGUACGCGCGGGACACGCGCCAUCGGCGUAAAUAUUGAACAAAGUGACGUAAUUUAGUUGCGCGAGGCAUGAUAAUAAGCGAGGACGUCGUCGUUGCUCGGCGCACCUCGCGAUCAGAUAAAGCCGCUCGAAAUUGUUCCCCGUUUCGAGGUCGACGCACCGCUCGCGUAUCUGCCGCGGAGAAGCCCGAUAAAAGGUUCAGUCCGGAUCCACCGUCGUUGCCGGCCUGCUGUUGCAUUCCCGAAUUCUCGCCGGCGGAAACGCACGGAAUGGAGGCGGAGCAUAGACUGGAGCAGUUAAAGAGAGCGACGGACAGAAUACAAAGGGAAAUCGAAGAAGUCACCGAGAGGGAACACGAACUGCGGAACGUGGGUAGCAUUAAAACCACAUCUCACGAGACGGUAGACUUCAAGGUGCACCGUAUGCCACAAGCUCUGGCCUCGGGAAAACUGAAAAGAACGACGUCCACGCCGCAGAUACUGGAGACAGUCAGCCCGACGUCGCGGUCGCCAAACUUGACGCCAAAGAUGACGAACGGUGUGAUAUCCACGCGCACGACCCCGACACCGCUGCGCUUUGCAACCACGCCGAGCCAGAAGGGUUUGAUGCACAGGUUUCUAGCUACACGGGGAAAACUCUAUAAGAGUAAAUCGCAAAACGACGAUAAUUUGAGUUCUCCCAUAACGCCCGUCAUCACGCUCAAUCCUCUGAGUAUCAAAGCCUUUAACAGAACAUUGGAAAUACCACUGGAGCCUGACGACGAGCCAAAGAAGCCGUUAACGAGGAAAGGAUAUGUUCCUGUUGAACAAAAGAUUCAAAAAGAACUACAUGAUAUGAAAGAACGAGAGAACGAAUUAAGAUUGAUGAGAUCGCUGAUGUUGGCAAAGUCUCAGCCGAAUCUACUUGAUAUAGGAAAUGAUAACGAUUCUGACAUUUACGACGGCUCCAGUUCCCUUAGAAGUGGUACUUCCACUAAUACCUUGAAUGAGGAUGAAAUCGAGAGAGAACAUAAAGGAAAACACAAGCCUAAUCCACGACGUCGUAACACGCUCAUCGCGCAAUGGGAGAAUCUGAUAGCCGCCAAGAGAGAAGCUAUUGAGAAUAACAAUGAGAAAGACAGAAACUUUUGAAAGUUCUACUAUUUGCAGACAACAACACCGUCUUUAUCUUUAUCCUCCCGUUCUAUCUAAAUGAUCGAUUGUAAAUUAAUAAUACUUAUUAAUAUUACAGUGGAUAACUGUAUUGCAAUAAGAACAUUGCUCCACCUUUCU